AUGUCUGACUUCACGAACAACGCCUUCGACGAGGACUCGGAAGUCCUGGACGACCUCGAGGAUGAUUCAACUCUGUCAGAAAAUAUUCCAGACGACUUUUACGCGCCAAAUGAGCAUUCGCCUGAGCCCGAGUUAAAGACUAAUGAUGUGGAAUGGGAUGUAUUCAUGAACAAGGAGGACCGGAAGAAAGAAACAGUCGACAGAUGGAAGUGGCUACACAAAGUCCUCAGAUUCAUUGUAUGUGACGUCAUAUUCAUUCUCGUUCUGGGAUCCGCUACGAUCUCGACGCUUUCGUUUUUACUUAUGACGUACAACAUCAACACAAGUGGAACAAAUUUCACUCUGAGCAUUGAAAACGGAAGUACGUACGUCAUCAAAGAUGGCCACCGGAAGACGAACGUCAGAUGGAUUUGGGCGAUCAUGUUGGCUGUGUCGGCGCCAUAUUUGUUAACCUUUGUGAGAAACUUGAGGAAGAUUAUAUUCACAACACAAAGACGCCUCAAGUUUGUUCCACUCUUCGUUGUACUGUUUGUAGAAUCACUGCAUUCCCUUGGUCUGCUCAUGUUCGUGUUCAUCGUCCUGCCUUACUUCGACGCCAUAUUUGGACUUGUUCUCUUUCAAGGAACCGCUAUGAUUCCCUCCCUUCUCAGACUCUUCUGGAAGAAGACUAAGAAUUCUGAAAUGAACCCUUUAGUAGCGAAAGACAAAUCUGGGUCAUCGUCAUGGAAACUGACAGCACUGGUGGCAUGUUUGGUUCAGCUAACGUUCAUUGUCAUGGCAACAUAUAAGGUUUUUGCCAAGACACAAUCUACAAAGAUCGCAAGUAUUAUUCCGGUAUCUCAGAUAUUAAUUUCCCUCGCCUACUGGAAUAACUUUGUACAAAGACCAAAGAAGAAAUUGCUUGAAACGAAACUGAAACAGAAAAAACAUAAUCCUUGGGAAAUUCCAAAAAAUCUUAAGCACUUGGCCAAAUCUAUUGAGGGCAACAAGGUUAAAAUAGCUUUAGUAAGUUCUAUUUGGAAGGUAGUUUUAACACUCUGUGUUCCUAUGAUCUACUUCUAUGCCUCCGACUCGAAAUGCGUUGACGUCUUACUCUUCAAAGCUACAUCAGCUCUGAACUGCACGAUAUUCUCCGUUACACCUGCUGAUUAUGCCACUUACAACUGUGCAACCUGGAGUUACCUCCCUUUUGCUGUCGCUGCUGUCAACAUCGCUUCCAGUUUACUCGGAUACAAGAUGGCGAAAGGAGCCUGCAAGAUUAAAGCACAAGAACUUUGCUUCAGCGUGCCACUGACCCUAUCAACACCUCUCUGCUUCGUCCUCGUUUUGAUGUCAUACUUCUACAAGCACUCUCUGAUUGGUCUGUUUAAAUGUGACGUCAUCUGGUAUGGACUGUCUGCGGGAUAUACGCUCGGCGAUUUUCUCCUUGCUUACUCACAAGAGCUUUGGUUGCCUUUGGCAGGAUUUGGAUUUGCCAGUUUUAUUCUCAUAACAGGCCAUAUUUGGACGCCAAGAUCGCAGAGAAUGGCGUCUACUGAUAGGCUGUUUAUUCGACCACUGUACUGCACGGUGCUGUUUGCCCAGUCAUUGAUUCUCGGGAGGAGAACUGACGACAUUGUGGACACCAAGAAGAAACUCCAGGAAAAGGUUGAGGAUGCCAACAAGGAAGUUCAAGAACAGUCCGAGUAUUGUCCAAUUGUUGUUUCAACAACUCCUAAGGUUUACGCAUGCGCAACUAUGUGGCACGAAAACGAACAGGAAAUGAACCAUUUGUUGAAGUCAAUAUUUCGAAUGGAUCUGGAUCAGUUUAAGAAAAAAAUGCUGUGGAGACUUUUUGCGAUACACGACAGCGAUUACUACGAGUUUGAAGCACAUAUUUUCUUUGACAACGCGUUUGAAGAUCACCCGGCGGAUGACUUCGAUUACUCUGUGAACCCCUAUGUGAAGAGAUUUGCCGCCGUAUUCUCUGCUGCAGCAAGGUCAGUGUACCCUUCGAAUGUGAAGCUGGAUUCGCCGCUCAAGGUGCCCACCCCUUACGGAGGACGCCUGGAGUACGCUCUCCCUGGCCAGUGUGUGUUGAUGGUUCACCUCAAGAAUAAGGACAAGGUCCGGAUUAAGAAGAGAUGGAGUCAGGUGAUGUACAUGUACUACCUCUUGUCGUACAAACUGGUGUGCAAGAGCGACAAUUCCAAGGUGCUUGACAAGAAGGCUCGGAACACGUUCAUCCUGGCGCUCGACGGCGACGUGGACUUCCACCCAGCCGCCGUGCAGAUGUUGCUGGACCGGAUGAAGAAAAACGGGAACGUGGGCGCUGCGUGCGGCAGGAUACAUCCCGUUGGCUCAGGUCCUAUGGUUUGGUACCAGAAGUUCGAGUAUGCGGUCAGUCACUGGCUGCAGAAGGCCACGGAACACACCCUGGGCUGUGUGCUGUGCUGUCCAGGCUGUUUCAGCAUGUUCCGCGCAUCGGCUCUCAUGGACUUCAACGUCAUCAAGAAAUAUACCCAGCUGUCGUCAGAAGCCAGGCACUACGUCCAGUAUGACCAAGGUGAGGAUCGAUGGCUCUGCACGCUGCUUCUUCAGCAAGGUCAUAAGAUUGAGUACUGCGCAGCGGCAGACGCAAGAACGUUUGCACCGGAAGGCUUCAAGGAGUUCUUCAACCAGCGAAGACGUUGGACGCCCUCGACGAUGGCGAAUAUCAUGGAGAUCAUUAUUUCUGGGGGGAAAAUACGCAAGAAGAAUGACGACAUGUCUCUCCUGUUCAUUGGCUACCAGGUGUUCCUCUUCGUGUCGUCUGUUCUGACGCCUGGCACGAUCUUCAUGCUCAUAUUUGGCGCCAUUAAUACUGCCUACCCGGAAAUGUCUCUGUACGCUGCCAUGUUGGCCAAUUUGGUGCCUGUUGGCAUUUUUGUUAUUCUUUGCUUCACAGCAAAAGAUGAUAUUCAGAUUACGUACGUGAGCAUCCUGUCGACGUUUUACUCCCUGGUCAUGAUGAUUGUCCUGGUUGGCCUGCUCAAGCAGAUAGCUCAGAGCGGGUUCUGUUCUCUGACCGCCAUGUUCUUCCUCUACGUGGUGGGCAUCUUCAUCAUCGCCGCCAUGUUGCAUCCUCAGGAGUUCCUCGACGUCGUGUACGGCUUCCUCUACUUCCUGGCAAUCCCCUGCACCUCGAUGCUGCUUGUCUUCUACUCGCUGGCCAACCUGCACGUCGUGUCCUGGGGAACCAGGGAGGAGUAUAAGCCUCCUCAGCUGGAGGAAAAGUCCCAGGUUGUGACGAAUGACAAGAAGAAAAAGAAGAAGAAAGCAGCCUGGCUCCACGCCAAUCACGAAGAUGACCGCAACUAUUCGUCAGAUUAUACGUUCUCUUUCGGCAAUAUGUUGCGCUGUGUGUGUUGUCCACGGCCAGACACGAAGCAGCAGGACCUGAUGAACGUCAUUGUGGAGAAGAUCGAAGACUUGGAAUACGCCUUUAGAAACCCUGAUGAUGAUGAUGCUGUUGAGAGCGAGGAAGACCAAGGUCAACAAAGAUAUACAGCUGGUGCAUACAAAAACGAAAUGCCUAAGUUUUCAAGUUUGGAUUUUGAAGGAGUCCGGUGCAAUCCUAUCUUUAAGGAAGACCCCAAACGACCCCGCGAUGACCUGACAGAUCCCUUUUGGGUGCAGGACCGAGACUUGGGCGCAGGAGGGAUUUGUCCGCUACAGAAGGACGAACACGAUUUCUGGACCAAAAUGAUAGACACUUACCUAAAGCCACUACAACAAUCGGCAGACGAGAAAACCCAAAUGGAGUUCGAGCUGAAAGGGUUAAGGAACAAAGUCUGCCUCUUCUUCUUUCUCUCUAACUGUCUUUUUGUGACGUUGAUCUUCAUAUUGGAGAGUGUGUCAGAGUACACACCGUCGUUGACGUUCCAGCUGCCAUGUAACACGGAUGAGUCGACCCCAGCCAAGCUGGAGCCGAUAGCCAUCGCAUUCACAUUCAUAUUCGGCAUCCUGCUCUUCAUCCAGUUCCUGGCAAUGUUAAUGCACCGGUACUCGACGCUUCUGCACAUCGUGUCACACACUAAAAUCAGACUGAAGGGCAAGAACGCGCAGGAGGAACGAAAACAAGGAUUCAUGAAUCUGUUAGAAGAGAUGCAGAUGUCGGAACACGACUAUGACACAGCAAGCAUAAGAUCGUCGAGCUAUUCCGACUAUGGUGACACCAGCUCUGUAGGGACGUUUAAGGUUCACCAGAGAAGUAAUCUGAUGAGGCAGCUUACCCAAAAGAGACGGCCCGACGAAUCACCAGUGAUCGACUUGCAAGGUGUUUUUGAGAAGAAAUUCAAGUUGAUUGGCGAUGCUUUAGAUGAGGUAGAAGAUGAUGAAGAUUUGGUACGUAAGCCAGUUUUGAGGAACUUCGGCGCUAAGUCUUUGUUUAGCCUUGUGAAGAUGGAUCCACAGGAUAAACAGAUGAUCAUAGAGAGGUCGAAACAGAAUUGGGGAAAACUCAGGCAAAAAUAUCCACUACCGAAGCCUAUGAUGUCUGUACCUCCAAAGAUGGCUGGCUGGGUGGAGAUGGCAAUGAAGAUGAAUCAGGAGCAAAACAUCGACACAGAUGAAAAUGCUGCACAGUCGGCCACAACUGAAAGUAGGAAGGUAGAACUUAAAGAGGAUAAGACAAGUGAUUGGUCAAAACCUAGGCAGCUUAUCGGUAGUUUAAUCGAAUUAUCCAAACAUAAUACGGAACAGAAGGUGUCUGAAAGUAAUACACAAACUAGGUGGACGGGAGUACGCAAACAGUUGAGAAGUUUGCACGAUAUGGAUGAGAAAAAGGAGGAAAUUACUGAAGAUAAUGACAGUACCUCAGAAUCAAAUGUUGAACUUCGAAAACAGCGUGUUGGUGACACAGUACCACGCCGUACCAUAACCAGUGAAACAAGAUUCUGAAUUAGCAGAAACGUGAAACUGUAAUGGAACACAUCGAAGCUUGCUAAAUUUAAUGAACUAUGAGGAGGAUUAAAGUUGCAACAAAUAAGGAUCUUGUUCACCUCCAGAAUAUGUCUCCAAAAAUAGUGUACAUGCCUUUACGGAGAUUGCUGCUUGUCAGAAGAGUGAAACUGUAAUUGAACACAUCCAAGCUUGCCAACUUUACUGGACUGUGAGGAUUAAAGUUGCAACAAUUAGGAUUUUUUUUAUCCCACAGAAUAUAUCUUUAAAAAUGUGUAAAUAAUUUUAUUAUAUAACAUUUAGUGAAAUAUCUUAAAAUAUAAGUGAAAUAAAAGAGU